AUGUUAGCAGGCAGCCAGGCCCAGCAGGCUGACUCGGCGCCUAGGCCCGAGGUAGCACUCACACUCAACCAUUACGAUCCUUUUGGAAGUCCAGUGGACAAGACGCCGGCACACAAUCAGCUUCACUCCAUUGCUAAACGCUUCAUCCCAUUCUCGCCGCUUAAUGGUCCAGAUCCUCGCCCAGGUUUACCGUCACCUCCGGUAGAACACACCCCACUUGCUCAUGCUCUCCCCUCCGAAGCAGGCUUUAGCAAACGCAGACCCCGACAUGUACCCAUUGUCAUCCCUCCCAAUGUCAUUGGCUCCGUCUUGAAACACAAUCCGACCUUACAAGAGCCUAUUACACCAUAUCCACAAACAAUCACGCGUACAGGUCCUAGGCUUACGUACGACUUCCAAAAGGAGGAGCCACUGGUGACAAAAAGAUACCAAAGACCACGCCAUAUCCCUAUCGUCAUACCCGCUUUUGCUGAGCCUCAAGGUCUCUUCCCGCCUACACCUCCUAACAGCGCCAAUAACACUCCACGAGCUUCGGUUCAGAAACCACAUUCAUGUGAACAAUUCUUCACCGACAUGUCACGACCCACCACCAGUGGCAGCCGGACGAGUACGAUAGACUCCAAUGCCUCAGGUCCUUCGCCAAAUCAGAUGGAUGCUGGACGGUUCAAGCCCUCCUCGAGUACAUAUUUGGCAGAUAUGAAUAGCAGCAGCGAGUCCAGCUUAAAUCAAGACCAAAUGGCACAACCACAGGUUGCACAGCCGGCUGCGGACUCUGCGCUGCUAAGACCCCCGCAAGCCGCGGAUGCAACACCCCAAUCGACAGCCCCCCCGCCUGCUGUGAAUCACUCACCACCACAAACAAACAGCACGACGAAUUUAUCUGGUCUAGUCUGCAAUGUACAUAAGUGUACAGGAAAAGAGCCACGUGCGUUAGUUGGUGCUACAACAACGGUACUGGGCGACAAGCUAUAUGUGUUUGGAGGACGUGUGCUCUCGAGACGGCAUCCCCAGCUGACCUCGGAUCUAUAUGAACUGGAUCUUGUACGCCGGCAUUGGACCAAAGUCGAGACCUCCGGAGAUAUCCCGCCACCAAGAUACUUCCAUAGCAUGUGUGCAUUGGGCGACACGAAGCUCAUCUGUUACGGUGGCAUGUCCCCUGCAAAUCCAGUAUCUUCUCAAGCGCAAGCCAACGGCAUAGAUUUGCAACCUGAGAUGAUCGUCAUGUCAGACAUCCACGUAUUUGACGCUCCUACACGAAGGUGGACGUCAAUAGCCACGGCAAACACACCGCAAGGACGAUACGCACAUUGUGCUGCCGUACUUCCAUCGUCGGCCACUUUCGCUUCCGCAAACGCCCCUCUCUCUGCCAUACAUCACAACCCACCAUCUGCGACCCCGAACCAAGGUAGCUUAGGUGUGGCAUUGGACGGAACAGGAGGAGCAGAGAUGGUCGUUGUAGGAGGUCAAGAUAGUGCCAAUACUUAUAUUGAACAAAUUAGUGUCUUCAACCUGCGAAGUCUCAAAUGGACUGCGACAUCUUCUCUUGGUAGAAGUUGUGGUGCAUACCGAAGCGUGGUUGCUCCUCUCACCAGCAUACCAGCCUCGAAAAUUGGGAAAGGUCUAGAUCAAGGAGUAGAGGUAGAUGGAGCUGCGAGGAAGUCAGAUAGAGCGGAGUCGGACUCAUCGAUGUUGAUAUACUCUAAUUACAACUUUUUGGACGUCAAGCUGGAAUUGCAAGUUCGACUGGCAGACGGGUCACUUGUUGAGAAGCCAAUGAGUGGACAAUUUUCCCCGCCAGGACUGAGAUUUCCAAACGGCGGGGUGCUGGAUAAUCACUUCGUCGUUAGUGGGACGUAUCUAACUUCGUCCAAGCAAGAGUAUGCUCUUUGGGCUCUUGAUCUGAAGACCUUGACAUGGAGCCGCAUCGACGCUGGUGGAGGCGUCUUCAGUCAAGGAAGCUGGAAUAGAGGCGUUCUUUGGCCACGGCGGAAUACAUUUGUGAUCCUAGGUAAUCGGAAACGCAGCUUAGUAGAGGACUACAACCACCGUCGAAUCAAUUUCUCGCAUCUUUGCAUGGUCGAGCUUGAAGCGUUUGGCCUCUAUGAUAACCCGCGGCGAGCAUGGCCGACAUCCAAUUUUCCAUCCAUCAGCGCCCCCGUGCUCCCUCCAUCCGUCGUCUUGAAGAACGUGGCACCCGCUGGCCGUCCACUUCCCGGCGCUGCGGUGGACCUCGGCCUUAUGGCCAUGAACCUUCGAGACCUGGCUGACAUGGAUCUGAUUGCCAUCGGACAGGAGCGUAUACCCGUGAACUCCUACCUCCUUGCACACCGAUGGGGUCCGUUUUUUGUUCAUCUCCUACGUGAAAGUUCAGGCACGACAUCCUCAUCAUCCCAAAACGACGCUUCCUCCUCCUCAGACGGUGGCACUCUGCGUCCAAGCAAUCUCAACCCAGCCUCGGUCACCUCUCGCAACUCAUCCGUUACCAUAACACCUAGCGUAACAACUGCAGCCUCCGCUGCGCCUUCUAGCCUCACUGCCAAUUCAAAUUCAUCCACCAACAAUAGAUCUUUGGACCCACCCAAACCAGAAGCCCUCCCCCCCUGUUCUCGGCCUCGGCAGCUCUACCUGCCACAUACUCUCCUCACUCUCCGUUCUCUUGUCCACUAUCUUUACACCUCAACCCUUCCUGGGCCGAAUCAUCCUUUGUGCACUCCUCAAAUUCUCUGCUCCUUACUACAGCUAGCACGACCUUAUCGUGUUGAAGGCCUUCUUGAAGCCACAGUUGAGCGCCUCCACCAGAUCCUCGAUGGCCGCAAUGCAGCCGCCGUUUUCAACGCGGCAGCCAUGGCGGCAGGAGGUGGCCGCGGCACUGGCGCGGCCUUCAGCAAGGAGGGCGAAGCAGAGAAUGAAGAAAUUGCACAAGGAGGCUUGACCAUAACGCGACUCCGAGGCAGCCACCGGGCGAGAACCCGAUCGAAUGAUCAAAGCGAGAGCGAAGAUACUGGGAGUGAGAUCAGUAGGAGCGAAAUAAGUAGCAGUGCCGCGAGCGAAAGUGAGAGUGAUGUAGGAGGAAAUACCCAUGGAAGGAGAGUGGCGGUUGGGGCAGAAGAAGUAUGGGCAGGGGGAAUCAGCUGCGUUGUUGGCCUACAGAAGCGAGGUUUGAGGGGUCUGAUGGAAGGCAGGAGGGCGAGGGAGAGGGGACAGACCGUCGGUAAGGGCGGUGUCCUGGGAAUCAACGGAGCUGUGAAUGGUAACGACGUCGGGUUAGGCAUAGUGUAG